UCUGUGCUGGGUGUGUUUGGCUUUCAGCUACCAGCAAAAGUAGCUGCGAAUUUUAUAAAAGCAAAUGCAGCAACCUGCAGGCGCUUUAGUCGGGCGAGAAGCGCGCGUGCCUAACAAUUAUUGAGUUAUCGGCAUAAACUUCGACAAGCGACUGUUAAAGGAAAAACAAGACAACAUUAUGAAAAGUUGUUAAUUUAAAAACAAAAUUAUAUAAAUUAUAAGUAAAGUAGGAAAACAACAAAUAUCCAUUGAACAUUCGACAUGAAACUGUGUGUGCGUGUGUGAACAAUUAAAGCUUACGAUAAGCCCUGCAAGUGUUUGUGUGUGACUUCAGAAGAAUAAAAUCUACCGCCCCCCCCACCACCAAGAAAAAAAAGAACAAUUUGUUAAAUGUGUAAAGAAAAACAUCAAGUGAGCGAACUUCAAUUGAGCCCAGUUACUAUUUGAUCCUGUCGCAUUAGAGGAUUUGCCAUGCUGAAACGUGAUUGGAUACUAUACUGUCUCACACUAAGCCUCUAUUAUGCAGCCUGCCAAGUCGAGAAUAUAUCAGCCAUUGAGUGGCAUAAAGUCAAACCCAUGUACCUGGUGUCCAUGUAUCCCAUACCCACGAAUCUUAUGAAGCAACCAGGCAUGUCAGCUGAUGAGCCAUUGGUCCUCAACCUGGAAUCCGAUCCCAUGGCCGACAAUGAGAUUACCAAAGAAGCCAUGAACCGCAUUUUUGGUGGCAACGAGGCCGUCCACGACAGCUUUCCCUAUCAAAUAGGUUUCUUGCUGCAGCGUCCCAAAGGUCUCUAUUGGUGUGGAGGUUCAUUGAUAUCCCAUGAAUAUGUUCUAACAGCAGCUCAUUGUGUGGAUAUGGCCUCUCGCGCUUUGGUGUUUAUAGGUGCUCAUGACAUUAAGAAUCCCCACGAAAAAGGCCAAAUUCGCAUGAUGGUACAUCACAGGGACUUUAUUAUAUUCCCAACAUGGAAUCCGCGUAGGCUCAAGGACGAUAUUGCUAUAGUACAGCUUCCGAAAUCUGUCAGCUAUAAUGAAAGGAUACAACCAAUUCAAUUACCGAAACGAGACUACGAAUAUCGAAGCUUCGAGGACAAACUGGGAGUUGCAUCAGGUUGGGGACGUUAUGCAACUGGCGUUCAUGCCAUCAGCAAUGUGUUAAGAUAUGUGCAGCUUCGAAUAAUCAAAGGCGAUGCAUGUAAGAACAAUUUUCCUCUCUCAUAUCGUUCCACAAAUAUAUGCACUAGUGGGCGCUUUCAAAAGUCCACCUGCAAUGGAGAUUCGGGUGGUCCGUUGGUCCUACAACGCCGAACUUCGAGAAAACGUGUUCUGGUUGGCAUAACCUCUUUCGGCAGUAUAUUCGGCUGUGAUCGUGGCUAUCCGGCUGCAUUUACCAAAGUAGCUUCAUAUUUGGAUUGGAUUGUGGAUGUCACCGGAAUUGAUCCUAGCCAGGACGUUUCCAAAGCUAUUAAGUUUAAUAAGCUCAUGAAAGACUAUUAUAAGCACAACCAUAGUCAUAGUCACGGCCAUGGCCACAGCCACAAGGUAAAAUACAAAAAACAAAGAAAACCCACGAAAUUCUUGUCUGCCGAAGAUAUGAAUAGCGAGGAUGAGUCUGAAGAGAUUGGUGUCAUCAAUACCACAAUUCGAAAAUAUCCGGAUGCGGAAUUGUUUGAUAUGCAUUUAAAUUAAAUCGCCGCCAAAAACUUUAACUGGAAUUUAGGAAAAUUAAUUUAAAUACUAUUUAAAUUGUAUGUACAAAU